AUGGUUGGGGUUCAUGGUACACACGGUGUUGUUGAUUCCAGAAUUUUAAGUCGUGUCUAUUUGUUUUAUAGGUUCAUGGUUCAUGGUACACACGGUGUUGUUGAUUCCAGAAUUUUAAGAAAACUUGAAGAAGAAAGACGAGUUAUUCGUGGAGGAGAAUCGUACAAACUGAAUUAUUUAUUAAAGAACGAGUGCACUCAGAAAUAUGUACAGAUGAAAUUCGGCAAGAGAAGAGGCCGGGUUAAUGCCCGGGGCAAACCAAACAAUCUUUAUUCUCAGUUAACAUUUUUAUCAGAGGCGGGAGGAGCAAUCAGAAUUCAGGGGAAAGAAACCAAGAAAUUUUUAUGUUUUAGUAAACGGGGGAAACUUGUACUCAAGCUGAGAAAUCAGGCUUGUAGUCACAGUGUGGCAAGGGAGCGAAAAAUAGAUUUGAAUUGA